AUCUGCCUCAGUGCAGCCCUCAAAACAGAAACACACAAGUACAUAACGCAUUUUCAAAUAUAUAACCAUUUUUACCCCCUCCAAGAGUUUGUUUACACUUGUAGUUUCUUUGUUAGCUUGCCUGACAAAAGUUACAGAUUUUGAAUGAAGUCUGGUGGGAAAUAGGCCAUGAACUCAUAUAUAUGACACAACUUUUUUUCUGUGGCGCUAAAGUUUGACAGAUUAUUCAGACCAGUUGCUGAUGCAAGAACGCCUUUCGCAACAUGGUAGAUGACAGAGAAAAAUCUUAAAUUUCUUGCCUCCAUGUUUAGAGACUGAAGAAAACAAGUUUGAAACUGUCGUUUGCUAUAGUAGGCAGGAUAUAAGUGAUAAGUGACUUGAUAUAAGUGAUAUAAGAAGUGGCCAGUCGAAGUAAAAUACCCCUAAACCAAAUUUCUCACCAUCUGUCCCCUGUGAUAAUAUGUCACAACACCAUCAGCAGGAUAAAUAACUUAUUUGAGGAAAGGUUAAUUUUGCAGAAAAACCAAGAGGAAGUCUGUGAGAAACAGAAGAGAGCAGAAGGGUCGCGAAAAACAUGUGAAACAGGAAGGAUGGUGUGGGUAUGUGAAUGCAUGUCAGAGUGUGAUUUUGACUCUGUGGUCUGUUUGUGGGCCGGUAUAUUAAAGUUUCACAGUCAGUGCUGUGAAAAUGCAGUUCCUCCUCUGCUGAGCAUCAGUCUGCUGCGAAGACGCCAGACUGCUGGACGUCCAGACUGCAGCAGCCAUGAGUCGACGGCGGGUUUCGGUCAAGGAUCUGGGCGUGGUGGACUGUCAGGGCUGGCUCCUCCGCAGGAAGCAGGGCCGCAGCUUCCUGGGCAGCAAAUGGAAAAGAUACUGGUUUGUCCUGAAGAAGAGCUCUCUGUACUGGUACACCGACCAGAUGGCGGAAAAAGCAGAGGGAUUCAUCAACCUGUCCGGCUUCACCAUCGAACAGGCCAAACAGUUCAGGAAGAAACAUGCUGUGACAGCCAGUCACCCCCAGGUUGUGACCAUCUUCAUCGCUGCAGAGAGCUUCACAGACAUGAACAAGUGGAUCAGUAAACUGUCAGAAGCAGCCCAGUCGUGUGAGGUGAUCAACGCUGAAGAGUGUUACAGUGAAGACAGCGAUCAGGAUGGCGACGAGUGUGAGUCCACUUCCUGUUCUACGGACCCCGAACAGGAAACAGCAGAACCUGAAAGUCCGGUCUGCGAGUCUCCGUCCAGCGCCUCGGCCCCGCCCCCUACAGCGACCGAUGGAAACAGAACCAGAAGCACCUCGGAGAGCGGUACUUUGAAUAGACACAGUAGAAGAAGAACACCUGUAGUUGGAGGUAAACGCCUGUCUUGUCCUGACCUCCCUGGACCAGACGGGGCAGGUGGAGAAGUGUCCAUCCGUCUGAUCCAAGUCGCAGAAGAUGAAGACGACGUCCUCGAGAAGCCUCCCGAUGAGAUGGAGUGCCUCUACAACCACCUGAAGGCAGCCAGCCUGUCUCCGAUCGGUCAGUCCAGCAAGCGGGACUUCAGAGCGUCGUUCAUCAGGCGAUGUCGGAACGACAAAGUCAACGAAAAGCUCCACGUGCUCCGGAUCCUCAAGAGCACUUUAAAGGCCAAAGAGUCAGAGCUGCGGGCCCUCGAUCAGCUCCUGGCACACCCGACACUCACAGCGCCAACAUACAGGAAGUGGAAAGUGUCCAACCCCGUCCUGCUGCAGGAGAUCAUUCAAUCCAGCCAGGCAGCAGGGGGCGCCACGGAGCUCAGACCUCCUGAGACCUGAGGCCACAUCAGCAUGGAGGAGCAUGCCCAGAGAGCAGGUUACUGUGGUGAAUCUCACUGGGUGAACUGGGACUAAGCAAUGGUGCUGUGUCAUCGUACCCUCCAGUACUGUGCUUCAGUAGUAUGCUAAGGUACUUCUACUCUACUACAGUUUUGGAGGCAGAUUUUGUACAUUUUACUCCACUACAUUUAAAGCUCUGCAGAUUUGUACUGAUGCAAAAUAAAUGAAUAAAUUAUGAUGUACUAGAGGUUAUAUGAGGGGUCGGAUACUUUAAACAUAUAUUGAAAACUAAUUGUGAUUCGUAUGCUUUUUUAAUAAAAUUUUCAUUUGACAGGAAUUAGAUACAAUUUGACUUUUGAUAUAAAAGUUUCUCAUGAAUUAAAUGUUUCAUUUUAGAUUAGAGUACGGAAGCCCUGAGGGUUAGGUAAAGAUCGUUUUCGCCUGGUAUUCUAAAUUGUUUUCUCUCCUGUGUGGAUGACCUGACCUCCUUUUUAGUUCCUUUUUUGCCCCCCAAAGGCAAAAACUUUUCAUGUGUAAAAAUGAGUGCAAAAAACAUUUUAGAUUCCCCCCAAUGUGUGAAAAGACAAACAUAUUUUUUUCCAUUAUAUCUUGUUUUUCACAGGAUUUUAUUUAUUUAUAACUGAGUGAAAUAUAACUAAUCCUCCUGAACGUGGUGGUGGUGCACGACAGCCUCUUGUGGUCAAAAUGAUUAUUACAAAGACAAACAAAAAUGUUUUUAUUCCUGCCAAACUUUCUUUUCAUGUUCACACAUGACAAAAAAAUUUUUUUCUCCUAAAUAAAAUAAUUUUCACUUGGUUCAACAUAAGAAAGAAAAUCUUGUUAAAGGUUUUUUCUCGUACUGUUUCACACAUAUAUAAAAUGUUUCUUCUGGGAGAGAAAUGUUAUUUUCACAGAUCAUCACAGGGCUGACAUAUAGGGACAAACAACUGCAAUCACACUGGCUAAGAGUAACCGAUGGACCUAACUUUUGCAUGUCUUAUGAUUGUGGGAUGAAGCUGGAGUACCCAGAGAGGACCCACACAGGCACGGGGAGAACAUACAAACUCCACAAAGCAAAGCCCUGCUUGGGCUUAACCCCGGUCCUUCUUGCUGUGGAUCAACAGCAGCUCUAACAAAUGUGCUGCAGUGCCAGCCAUUGUGACAAACUAUGGUAAGAGUGCUGCAUCUAACCUGUCUAUCCACUGCACCCAUCUGUGAGAUCUGGGCUUGAUUAUUUUCAUCCCCUUAGUCCUUAAAUUAUAGGUAAGCACAAUGCUGUAGUUUUAGUUACCAUCUUUCAUAUACCUUUUCCUCACUUCUGGGAAUAUUUCAUGGAGAAAUCAGCUGUAGAUUUCUAAUAUGGGCAAUUAGAUGAAAAAAUGCCAAAUGGAAACUAUACCUGCUGGCACUUACGGAUACCAAUUAAAUCACUUGGAAUCUACAAAGUUGGUUUCACGUGUGAAAUGAUCUCAAAAGUGAAGUUAGUGGGGAAAAGUCUACAGAGGUUGUAAAUGGAACUCCAGUGUGAUGCUUGCUCAGACCAUGAAGAAAUGAGACAAAGACAGAGCCCAGACCUCACUGACAGCAUGGUGUUUGACAGUUUAGAUAGAGCACUUCAAUUUAAAACCAAAUUACUGAAUUAAACUGCACUUAAGAGCUUGGCCAAAUUGAAAUGUCCACAGGAUAAACUUACGAUUGCAGAAUAUCAACUGUAUUACUCAUUAAAUGCAUUUAAGUUUAAAAGUUUUAUUAAGGUUACAUUGCAUUUAAUGCCCAUGAAAUGAUGUUUCAAUUAAAAACUAAUCACCUUAAGUUUAAAAUGUUUUAUAACAUCCACCACUCAUAGGUUAAGCAGUAUAGAGAUUAUAGUUGUCUUGUUAGUCAUUUGUUUGGACAUUGAGUUUUUUGCGUAAUAAAAAUUGUUUUAACACUUGUUUUAAACUAUUUUUGCUGUUCAUCGCUA